AUGAGCAAUGCUAAAGCUAUUGGCACACCAAUGAGUCCUUCAAUAAGUCUCGACAAAGACGAACAGGGAAUUCCUGUUUACGAAACUAAGUAUCGUGGAAUGAUUGGCUCACUUCUUUAUCUAACUGCUAGUCGACUAGAUAUUAUGUUUAGUGUCUAUAAAUGUGCCAAGAUUCAGUCAGCUCCUAAGGAAUCACAUUUGACUGCAGUAAAAAGAAUUAUUCGAUAUCUCAUUAGCACUGUCUCUCAUGGACUAUGGUAUCCUCGUUCUAACACGUCUAAUUUAGAAGGUUUUUCAAAUGUUGAUCUUGCAGGUGAUAAGGAAGACAAAAAAAGCACAAGUGGAACAUGUCAAUUACUUGGCAAAGGAUUGAUAUCUUGGAACAGUAAAAAACAACGAUCAGUUGCAUUAUCCAUGACUGAGGCUGAAUACAUCGCUAUUGAACAAUGUUCUACUGCAAUCAAAGAUCUGCUCACUACCACUCAGUCCAUUAUUGGUGACAUUCAUGCUAUCUCCAAAGAAACAGGGUCUGAUAUUUCCAAGAUAAGAGUUGUAGUUCUCAAAGUAAGGGAAAACGAUGUCAAGGCAUUCAAGGAUGUUCAUGACAAGCUUGAUGGAAUGAGUGUUUCAGCCAAUGCCAGCUUUGAUCAACUGAAGGAGGCGAUUUGCAAUACUCUUACCUAUUUUCUACGUCAGUAA